GGAAUCGGGAAGCUGGAGCCAGGCUGUUUCCUGGUCAUUUCCCCGCUCCACCAGGCCGGGGCUGGAGGAGGCCCAAGCCGGGAGAGCCCCGGGUGGGAAAGCCCGGGAGAGGGAGUGGAGGAAUCUGGGGGUGGGGAAGCCCAGGACUAGCUGGGGGACGGAAGGAUGAUGCACCUUUAGGCCGGGCCGGUCCCGUCUGAGCCGUCCCUCCGUCCCGUCCCCCUGCCCGGCCUGGCGUCUGCCCCACAGGCACCAUGGAGUCCAUGUUCGGGGAUGACGUCCACGUCCUGAGCCGGGAGGCGCUGAGGCCGGAGCUGGCGGGAGACAUGUGCUCGGCCUCCCACUUCGCCCUGGUCACGGCCUACGGGGACAUCAAGGAGCGGCUGGCUGGGCUGGAGCGAGAGAACGCUGCCCUGCGAAGACGUCUCAAAGCCUAUGAGGACCCGGUGAUCGGGAUGUUUGAGGACGACGGCAGCUUCUACGAGCUCAAGGAGAACGUCAGCUUCCAGCGGCAGCUCAACCAGUUUCAGCACGAGCUGCAGCAGCAGAAUGAGCGCGAGGACCAGCUCUGCAACCUGGUCCAGGCCUACCAGAAGCUCAGGGAGGAGAAGAGCCAGCUGGAGAACGAGCUAGCCGGCAUGCGGGCACUUGUAGAGACGCACCUGAGCCAGAUCUGCAGCCUGGAGCAGCAGCUACGCGACCAGCAGACUGAGAGCGGCUCCUGCCCCAGCCUCAGUCUCAGCCCCCCCGUGCACAGCUCCGAGCUGCACUACCUGUCUCUGCACGGGACCCCCGGGCUGGGCCACGCGCUGGACCCGUCGCUGGGCUGGCAGAGAGCAGGCGGGCUGGAGGCGGCCGGCGAAGUGACCCUCCAGCGGCUGGAGGAGGCUCUGGAAGGCGCCCAGCACGAGGCCCGGGCGGCCCAGCGGCGGGAGGAACAGCUCCAGGCCGAGCUGAAGCAGCUCCAGGACACCCGGACCCAGGACUUGGCCUCCAACCAGUCGGAGAGGGACAUGGCGUGGGUGAAGAAAGUCGGAGAUGACCAGGUGAACCUGGCCUUGGCCUACACGGAGCUGACGGAGGAGCUGGGCCGUCUGAGAGAGCUGAGCGCCCUGCAGGGUCAGAUCCUCAGGAGUCUCCUGCAAGACCAGGCUCGGAGCAGUGGCCAGAGGCACUGCCCGCUGUCCCCGCUGUCCCCCACUCCCCAGCGCCACUCCCCCGCUCCCCUGGCCCCGGCCUCUUCCCCUCCCGGCUGCCCCCCGCUGACCUCCUGUCCAUCCCCAGGCCCCCAGCGCCGCUCACCAGGCCCUCUGUGCCCGUCCCCCAGCCCCCAGCGCCGCUCACCUGCCUCCUCCUGUCCGUCCCCGGCCCUCCAGCCCCGGCUGCCCUCGGCCGGCGACAGGGGCCUGGUGGAGGCAGCCUACGCCAAGCCGAGCAGCCAGUUGGCCAAGGCGGGCUUCCAGGGCCGGCGCAGCUACUCGGAGCUGGCCAACGGGACGGGCUACCCGGUGGCGGUGGCGGCCCCCGGCCCCUGGCUGCAGCCCGAGGCCUCCACGCUGCCCAAGCCGCGGGCCUACGGGGAGCUGUUUAGUGCCGCCCGGCCCCUCAGCCCCCGGGACUCCUUCGAGGACAUCCGGCUCCACUUCGACAAGCAGUCUUCGGAUGAGGAGGAGUGGGCAGUGCCCAGCCCGCCCAGCCCAGACCCGGGCACCAUCCGCUGUGCCUCCUUCUGUGCUGGCUUCCCCAUCCCCGAGGCCCCGGCCGCGUACCCCAGCACAGAGCACGCCCAGUCCUGGCCGUCCAUUAACGUGAGGCCGUGUUGGCUGCUGAUGGAGACGGUGGGCUCGGACAUCCGGAGCUGCCCCCUGUGCCAGCUGGGCUUCCCCGUUGGCUACCCGGAUGACGCUCUCAUCAAGCACAUCGACUCGCACCUGGAGAACAGCAAAAUCUAGGAUGCUCGGCCCGCCUCCGUCCUGCCCCGCCAACUCCUGUCUGCCCUCCUCUGCCGUGCCACACCUCCCCAGACUGUCCCCUGAAUGCUGCAUGAACCCUGUGGGCUCCGGGCCCCCAGAUACCUCCAUGAGCUACAGACGAGCCUACGCAAGUGUGGCCGCCCCUCCGUCCCCUCCCCACUCGCCCUCUUCUUCCCACCCGCGAGAUGGGUGCGGGGAUGACCGACUGGGUCCUGGGUAUUCCUGGUCGAGGCUGAGACUGGGACCCCACUAGGACCAGAGGAAGCCCAGG